AUGGUAGGCGUUAAUGGUACCAAGUUCGAGAAGCGUGAGCCCUAUCUCCGUGUACGCAUCACCGGCUUGGACAGGAACAGAAGAGACAUUCUCUUCAAAUUUGAUGCUCAGACGAACUUGUCCAACUUCACUGGAACGACGUAUCGGAACGUAUCACGCACAUACUUAGAGUUCCAGCAGUUCUAUGAGGCGCUCAUCAACAAUUGCCCUCAUACUAUCAUACCCGCUCUCCCUCUCGCCCAGACUUCUGCUCCCACAGAUGAGGAGGAUGAUCGCCUUGUGAAGAUCAUGCUUCAGCGCUGGCUGACCCGGAUUUGCGAAGACCCAAUCAUCAUUCAUGACGAGGAUCUUCGCUCGUUUGUCGAAAGUGACUUUGGCUAUCAACCUACUCCACGUCCCAGGCGCAAGGGUGGCUCAGGCUUCACGCUUAUCCGCCGCGGCGUGGCGGAUGAGGAUGAAGCACUGCAGCGAGCUCGCUUUGAGCUCACCAAGCUGGAGGGCCAGUUUUUUGACGCGGCCAAGGCCAUCGAUAAGCUUGCAAAUGCACGCAAAGCCCUCGCCUUGGCCCACGCAGAGAUGGGGAACAAACUGGUCGGUGUCGCCACCACAGAGUCGCACCCACCAUUGGCCAAUGCGAUCCGCAAGUUGGGUCGGACAUGGCAUAGUUUGGCGGAUCUCGACCAAGCCCAAGCUAUUAGCGAAUGCGUGGUUAUCGGCGACACCUUAGGUUAUCAAGGCAUGAACGCCCGCUCGGCGAAGGACACUCUGCAACAACGGAAUGGUGUUUUGGAAGAAUAUCAAGCAGCUGCAAAAUCUGCAAUAUCCAAGCGGAAGAACAUUGAACGUCUGAAAGCCAGCUCGACAAUACGUCCCGAAAGAGUUGACGAGGCGUUGGAAGAUCUUGAAGAGGCUAACAGGUAUGAGCGAACGCUUGCGAGGCGCGCAGAUGGCAUGUCGCAGAACUUGCAUAGCGCCUUAGAACGGCACGAGAAG